AAAGAACGGGCGAGACUCUCCGAACGACAAACUUGCGGCGGCCCCAUUCCCAGCCCCAUUCCCAGCCCUAUCCCGAUCCCCAUCCCGAUCCCGAUCCCUCCCCAGGCCGUGCUCGGCGGCGCCGGGAAGGGUUCGGAGCCGCCAUGGACAGCGACGACGAGACGGUGGAGGAGGCGGUGGAAGGGCUUCUGGAUGAUGAUGGGUUACCUCACGGCUUCUGCACCGUCACCUACUCUUCCACUGACAGAUUCGAGGGUCACUUUGUUCACGGAGAAAAGAACGGACGUGGGAAGUUCUUCUUCUUUGAUGGAAGCACGCUUGAAGGAUACUACGUGGACGACGCUCUGCAGGGACAGGGGGUGUACACGUAUGAAGACGGAGGCGUCCUCCACGGCAGCUAUGUGGACGGAGAGCUGAAUGGACCGGCCCAGGAAUACGACACGGACGGGAGACUGAUCUUCAAAGGGCAAUACAGAGAUAACAUUCGGCAUGGAAUCUGUUGGAUAUAUUACCCAGACGGAGGCAGCCUUGUAGGAGAAGUGAAUGAAGACGGAGAGAUGACCGGUGAGAAAAUAGCCUACGUUUAUCCUGACGGGAGGACCGCGGUAUAUGGAAAGUUCAUAGAUGGAGAGUUGAUUGAAGGCAAACUGGCCACCCUCACGUCCGCAGAGGAGGGGAGGCCCCACUUUGAACUGAUCCCAGGAAGUUCAGUGUACCACUUCGACAAAUCUACAUCAUCCUGCAUUUCCACCAACGCGCUUCUCCCUGAUCCUUACGAGUCAGAAAGGGUGUACGUUGCGGAGUCUCUCAUUUCCACGGCCGGAGAAGGUCUGUUUUCCAAGGUCGCAGCAGGACCUAGCACGGUUAUGUCCUUUUACAACGGAGUCCGAAUCACACACCAAGAGGUGGAUGGCAGAGACUGGGCCCUUAAUGGAAACACACUCUCCCUGGAUGAUGAAACCGUGAUAGAUGUGCCGGAGCCGUACAACCACGCAUCCAAGUACUGUGCCUCCCUGGGACACAAGGCCAAUCACUCGUUCACUCCUAACUGCAUCUACGACCCGUUCGUCCACCCCCGCUUCGGGCCCAUCAAGUGCAUCCGCACCGUCCGCGCCGUGGAGAGGGACGAGGAACUCACCGUGGCCUACGGCUACGACCACAGCCCCCCCGGCAAGGGGGGACCAGAAGCCCCGGAGUGGUACCAGGUGGAACUGAAGUCCUUCCAGGCUACGCAGCAGAAGUGAGACGCGCAGGGGGGGACCCUCCGGGGAGAGUGGUCGGGAGGAGAAACUUGGAUCUAUGCAUUUCGUUUGUACUGAAAACUGGACAGCCAGGGGCCCGCUCCUGCUGGCCCACCCUAACCUCUCCCUCUGUGGUAGCGGUGAGUUCCUUGCAUACUAACUAGGUCUGACUGUAUCGCUCAUACCAGAUUUAAAAUUAGCUAGCACUGCAACCGAGUCUUACUGGGAGGGAUCACUGACUGCCCCGCACACGGCAGCGCGACGGUCUCUGGCAGUUCGCCGUCUAAAUCCGCACCACAUUCGGAGACGCCAAAUGAUUAGGCUGAAAAAGGGAAAUGGGGUUUAUCGGUCAUUUUGUCGUCUUUUCCACGCCGCUAGAUCUCUGGCCACUGCAGACCGUGCAGUUGCAUUCUUGCAGAUCACCCUUCUUGAGGGUACGGAGUUACUACUCUACUCGGAUAUUCUCUAAACGUAGCAGACUUUGCCUUUUAACCUUCGAUCUGUAUCUUGCGGUAGAGCAGCUUAAUUAUUUCUUAGUAGAAAGGAUCCCGUUUUUGCGUCUUUCCCCCCGACCCGGCCUGAACUAUAUACCCCGCCCUCGAAAUCCUCCUUUGCACUCACAGGCUUUGUGGAUUGUGUGUAGAUCUCUGUGGCUCUCUUUCUAUUCCACUGCCUCAUUAUCGUUAUUACUAUUAUGUCCAAAUAGUAGUACGUUACCGGCCCCUGAGGCCAAGGAAUUUCAUUCAGUGAUUAUUCUCGCAUGCGAAUGAAGAUAACUUUAAGAGAUGAGGAGAAAUGGAUUGGAUUCAUAGGUGACAAAAGUGAUGGAAGUGUAAUCUACACAUUCAGGAAGAGAAGGCGGCAAUUCUUACCAGUGGGCAAAAAUUUGGUGGGGGAAUUGUGGCAUCUUCAACAGUGCUGGUGGGUUUUUUUUUCCUCCUUGAAUGAACAUUCCCGUAGAAUCUAGUCCUUUGACCACAUGUAGUACUUCAAUAGAGUGCAUUAAUAGUCAACCUAGGUUCCAGUUGCAAAACAUGGGUCUGUUAAACUACUAAGACAGAAACCCCUGGCAACUAGUAGUAAAGGAAUGUUUAAUGUUGAAACUUCUCAUCAUUGGAGUUGCAAGAUAUUUACCUGCUUCAAUGCACUGUAGAAAUUGUACAUUUAAAAAAAAAAAAGCACACCCGUAUAUUUUGCAAGCCAUAGAUUAUAGAAGACCCAGGAGGAAGAAAUACCGCUUUAUUUUUUCUAGUUGUCUAUAACAAUACUCGAUGAUUGCCCUGAAAUGUUUAACAGCUCUGGUGCAGCUGCAAAUGCUUUAGGUACAAAUGUGAAUGCUUUAGAUUCCCUUGAGCCCAAAUGAUCUAUCAUUUUUAAAAGGCAAAAUCCUGUUCGGCUUUUAACCAGCAAAUCAGAGGUGAGAGCUAGAGUGGAUCUGGGUCUUGGGGUUAGACCAAUAAAGCCGUCUGAUUUGUGUAGGUUGUUUUUCAGUGAGGAAUUACAAAUGGGGAGAAGGAAUAAGCCAGAAAGAGGCGCAAAUGUUUCUUUUUUAUGUUCUCUGGGCCCACAUCUGAUACUGUGAGGAGGGAUUGAAGGAAGGCGCUUGGUUCGAAGCACAAGUUCACAGUUGUAGGAUCUGGACAGUUCUCAGUCAAGGCCUGAACGGAGGUGGGUUCUGCUUCUGAUAGCCUCCUGGGGCCAGUUUCGUAUAUCCAGGCUGUGCAAAGAUAGCAGACAACCCAGACCAACUUCCCAAGCGCUUAGUACAGUGCUCUGCACAUAGUAAGCGCUCAAUAAAUACGAUCGAUUGAUUGAUUAGGGACGCAGCUCAUGCUCAAACGAGGGGGAGAGUUUUCAGGGGUGACCUUGGCAGCGCUAAAACAACCGGGGGGGAAAAAAAAACUGUGUUUCAGCUGUCUCCGAUUCAAGGCUGAACAAGAGAGUAAGAAAUAACUGCUGCUUUGUGGAAAGACAACAUUCCAUAUACCAAGGAGUUACAUGGAAUUUUGAGGCCUUGUUCCUUUUAGGAUUCAAGGGCCUUAGGCUACCCACAGUAGUGAUAAUGUUGUUAUUAUUGUGGUACUGUGUGUACUAUGUGCCAAGCACUGUACUAAGAGCUGGGGUAGAUGUAAUGAAAUCAGAUCAAGAAACAGUCCCUGUCCCACAUCGGGUUCACGGCCUAAUUUUGCAAAUGAACCAAGUUAAGUGACCGUCCCGAGGUCACAGAGAAGACAGGUGGCUGAGAUGCAAUUAGAACCCAAGAUUCCUGACUCCCCAUCCUGUGCCCUUCUCGCUAGGCCUACGCUGCUUUCCACUGAGGUCUUUCAUAAAAAUGAUUGGAUUACCAAGUCAGUUUACCUUUUUGGGAAAUUGGUGUUGAGCAGGUAACUGUCACUAUGCCAGUUACCUGAGCACUUAAGUCCAGGAUUUUGUGAACUGUGAUCAUUUGGGCUUCAUUUUGUUCCUAAGUAGGCUUCCACAGAGCGUCCCCCUUCUCUGCGCACCCUUCCCCCCGGAAAGGAUAUGUUUCUGUUUUCCAAAGGCUAUGUGAUGUGGGCAAAGAUUUGCCUAGGGAAGAGUCGGCGGGAGUUUAGAGAAUUGAGACCUUUGAAGAUUAGCUUUGCUGCUUCCAAAUGGCAUUUGUUCAUUUUGUUGACGAGUGAGUGGGCUUUUCGGUGGGAGUGGAUUGACUGACCACAGCUUAGCCUCUUGUCCGACCAGCUCCUCUCUCUCCACAUUUAUUUUUCGUGUGGACAGGAUAAAAGAGAAAACUCGAUUGCCUUUUUUUUUUCCCAGCUUUGUCAGGAAACAGGUGUCCUGUCGGAUCUGGAGUCUGUCUUUUCUGCCGGAUUCAGAUUUGGGGCUGGGACUUCCUGGAAAGACGGAGUUAAAAACAACUUUCCAAGAGCCCUAACCACGAAGGUGGCAGGUCUUGGAUUUUAAGUAAUGAGUGGCCUGGGGGUUUGGGGAACUAGUCUUCCUUGGUGCUAAAAGUCCUGUUCACUGAAUCAGCCUUGAAGCCUUUUGGCCAAUCCCUUAGCGGGGACUCGAUUUGGAAGCCGAGCAUCCGUGGCGCUCAGUCAAUUGUAUUUGUUGAGCGCUUACUGUGUGCAGAGCACUGUCCUUAGCGCUUGGGAGAGUAUAAUAAAACAAUAUAACAGACACAGUCCCUGCUACCGUUGUACUAGAACUUGCACAGAUUGUCUGUGGAAUCCAGAGAGACUGUGAAUUGGUGCAGGGGACAGAAGGAAAUCUCCAGUGGCCUCCCCGUCCUCUCUUCAGCUACCUCAUCUCUGCAGGUGGGACUUCCACUGAAACUGGCCGAUCUCCAAGUAUGGUAGAGAGAGGUAAACCAAGGCAGAGUUUGUUCUCGGCAACAAAAAGAAAAGUCGGAGGUGGGGGAAGCCCUGGAAUGUAAUGGCAUCUAGGUUACUCGAUAUAGUAGGGAAGGAGUGGGUUGGGAAUGUGAAGUAAGGCUUUACUGUUUCCCUUGGAAAUAGCAAAGCGUUUCGCAGGUACAAAGUGGAGGUGAUCAAAAAACGCUUAUUGAGCCUCCGCCUCAAGGACGUACAUCCCUACUGGACACUUACCUGAUAGAAUCGACAUUUUAACCAUCUUAGCACGAUCGAAUUAGCGGGAGAAACUCAUCCGUAAGAACACACACACCCCCGAACGAAAAUUUGAGGUGGGCUAAUAUUGGAAUUGAGAACUGACUGAUUUUUCACUCGCAGGGAUAAUGGGGAAAAAUAGGAUUAUGUGGAAAGAUUUGUUUUGUAAGAAAAUACCUACUUCGGAACUAACCUGCCUCAUCUCCCGCCUACUUGAGAAGUGAAGAAGAAAAUCAAACUCUACCGAUUACGAAUUAAAACAAUCAAGUACGGUAUCGAAAGCCACAGAUGCUCUGGUGAUCCAGAAGCGUGCAAAGCACGAUCAUAUUUUCUUUUGUAAUGCUCAGCAGAUUAAUGCUCUAGUGACAACCAAUUUACUGUUAAUAUUUGCUGUCCUUUUAACUAGAUCUUUUAAAGCAAAGAUGUUACCUGGAGCGUUGACAUGUAGCACUUUAACUGCAUUUGUUUACACGAGAGUUUAAAACCUCUUGCAAGGAAAUUGCUUUCAAAGUUUUUGGUUCAAAAAGUAUAGCCUUGAUUUGGGGGAAAGUGACUGGAAAGAGGAUUCCAAUUUACAGAUACUGACUUAGAAUCAACUCUUUAAUGAAUGUUUUUUAAAAGCUGCCUUGGGAGACUGAUGUUUGCCUAUUGGCCACAGAGCAAAGGUUUGUAAGCCUGUAAAAAUUAAUGUAAUUUGAGGCACCUCACUAGCAUGAAUCACUGUUCAUUCUUUCUCUUCGGUAAUUUAGAGCUUCCUUCGCACAGAUGCAGUUAUUUCAAUACGUUUCAUUUUGCAAACCUUCCGCAUUUUAUUUUGUAUACUUACUCAAAGCAAUGAAACCAAUUCAAGCCAUAAAACUACAAGUGUGCGUUACCCUUUUUCGCAAACUCUCUCGUGUUUGUAUGUAAAUAGAUGUUUGUACGAAAUAUUUUAAUGGAAGAAAGACUAUAUUUAAAGGAAACGCAAUUGUUCCGAUAGUAUUUUAAAAAAAAAAGAGUUGCAACCUUUUGCGGGGAGCGUCUGAGUGCGAUAAUGACAAAUAACGCAGGAGCGAUUUUCAACCAUCAGGAACCUACUGCUAGUAGCAGCAACCCCGUCUUGUUACGUCUCUGAUACUCAAAGAGAUAAUAAAUCCUGUUUCUCUCUCCAGUACCUACCACCUCUCAGUCCAGAAAGGGACAAUUUAGUGUACUGGUGGAAUAGUUUAGGUCACAGAGCGGCCGGAGCGAAUGUACCUUCCCUUGCACCUAAUUUGUUACGUGGGAGUAAUUAAGGCCAAGGGGGAAGGUGGGCAGGGAGACAGAGGUGGAAAUCCAAUUGUUGAGCACAGUUAGCGAAAGUCAUUUUAUUAUCAGUUCCUUCCCUUGGACGCACCUCAGCUCUCCCGCUCACGAUACAGACAGUAAACCUUUAUAAUGUUUUCAGGGAGCCAGAUUUUUCUAACGUUGUAUGCUAAAUGAAUGUGAUGAUGAGAAAAUGAAAUGAGAAUGUUUGAAUUUUUCACUGUGUGCAUACACAUAUAUACACACAUACCAGUUUAUCCUUUACCACGGAUUGAUCUAAGUGAAAUUUUUGCUACUGUAAUUCAUUUUGAUUCACGAACUGAAAACCUACUGGGAAAUAGUACGGCCUACUUAUGCUAGAAGACAAGUAUUUCCAGGACGUCCGAAUAACCUGCUUCGAUAACUUUUUCUGCUUAGGUCAUCUAUCUCCUCAUUUUAAUUUUCAACUGGUGUGUGGUAGAUCGUGGGAUACAUUUAAGGAUUGAAAGUUGGGGUAAGCUUGCUAUAUGCAGCGCAACGAAAAGCUCACCCCACCGUAUUUAAUACGUUGAUUGGUCUUUUAUGGCAUUUGUACUAAAACAAUGAGCCUUAUUCGAUAUCUGCGGGGUUUAUGAUUUUUAAAACUGUGGGAAACUCUAAUGAAAGAUGUUUACAUGGAUGUUUGCCCUUAUUGCGUUAUGAAUGAAAUUUUUGUAGUGUGCCUGGGUGCGUGGGCAAGAAAGUAGGAAAAAUGUUUCUGAAACAAAACUUGACAAAUAUUUGUAAACGAGAAGUGAAUUUUAAAGAUUGCUUUAAUUACGCUAUAGAAGCAAUGCAAGUAUUAAACAACACACGCAAUCAAACUG